UGCAGAGUCAGAGUUGCUGAAGAGCAUGCCACGGAGAGUGUCGUCUCGAGAGAGUACCGCGCCGCGCGCCGAGAACGGCCAGUCCACGACCGAAACCGACCGAGAACUGCGUCUUGGAAGUCAGUCUAGAAGCCACGACGCAGGUCAUCACGCAGGUCACCGCGCAGGUCACGGUCCAAGUCACGGCGCAGGCCCCGCGAUGCCCCCUCAAGAGCCACUGGAUCGGCCAGAACUUCGGCGUCGGCGACGAUCGGACGAUUCUCCAUCAUGGAGCACAGAAUGUCAGCUGGAUUCUGGCACGGGAUCUCUUCCGGGUCUGCAGUCGGUCCUGACUCCGGGCUCGGAGCCGGAGCCGAUAUCCUCCCCGGAGCCGGAGUCGGAGCCGGAGCCGGAGCGACGACACAGCUCUCCGGAGCGAGCUGUCAGAUCUGCCUCCCCAGAGUCGGCCUCUCGACUGGCACGGCGGGCCAAACGGCAGCGGCGACUGCAUGACGAGUCGACACCGACGGCGGCCGACGGGCCGCACCACCGACCCGUCAGGUCAGCGCGACGGUGUCUUUUCGGUCGGCCCGACCACGCCGAGCUGGAUCGAGCCCUCAGAGAGGAGCAGGAAGAGCUUCGGCGAGCCGAGACCCUGCGAUGGAACUUUGAUUUCCACCGCGAGCAGCCUCUGGAGGGCCGGUGGCGUUGGGAGAGGGUAGGUCGGCGAGGCCGCGCGCCUGACCGGACCCCCUGAGAGCGAGAGGGGGAGAAUCGUCUCACCUGGCAUCUCACCGAGGCUGUGGGGAUGUGAGUGUGAGAUGUGAGACUGUGAGAAUGUGUGAUGUAUUACUGGAUGAUGUUUCAGGCUGGAGGUAUAAAAGUGAUGUGGGUGGUGGAGAGCCAGAACGAGUCGAAGCGGUGACUGUAGGUAGGAUAAACAGGGUGUCGGAUCGCGGGCGCGUGUGCAGAAGUGCGCAUGAAAUUGGUAUUCAAUGUCUAAUGAAUGUAAUAGAAUAGAUAACUGUUGACAAAAAGUGCAAAUUUUUGACGAGUCCAUCUAUGUUCUAUUGAGAUAAUGUUGAGUUUUGGUGAAGGUUAUGGUUUGUGAAGGAAAGAAAUGCACUACCGAGAAGUUUUAUGUUGACAGAUAAGAGUUAUAAUAGGUGAUGUUAUGAUUUUGCUGCCAUUUUUGACGCUGUUACCGAUGUGCCAUUAUCUUAUCAGAUGCACAUAUAUUGUUAUAUAAAUAAAUAAUUACACUAAUGAA